GAACCUAAUAUCCCAACGGAAAAUCCAUUAUCUUCAGAAACCAAUAAAACUGAAGUGAAUGAACAAAAUUGUUUAGCAACAUUUUGGUGUGAACAAUGUGAAAUAUUUUAUUGCACACGAUGUCGUGAAAAAUGUCAUCCAGCUCGUGGACCAUUAAAUCGUCAUGCAUUACAUUCAGCAACUGAAGGUGUAAAGAUAAUUAGACAAAAACAACGUAAUCAACCUACACCAUGUAUGUCACAUUUAAAUAUAAUACCAAAUCUGUAUUGUGUUAAUUGUCAUAUACCAGUGUGUAAUGAAUGCAUAAGUAAUGAUAAUUCACAAACAUUUGAAACACAUUCAAAACAUGAAAUACUUCCAUUGAUUGGAGUCUGUAAAUCACGGAAAACUGAACUAUCUCAAUCACUUCAAGCACUAUCAGAAAGAGCUCGUUCAGCUACGGAGCACAUACAACGUUUAAGAUCGAAGUCAGAAACCGUUAAUGUAUCUCAAUCACUUAUCACACGUACUCAAAAUGCAGAACAAAAUUUUAUACAAGAACUUCAACAUACUUCAUCCACUAAUGAUAUUACUGGAUCUUUAUUAUCACUUGCUUUAUCAUCAAGUAAAGAUUAUUCACAUCAUUCACCUAAGAAAAGAACACUUAAAUCAACUGAAGAGGUUUCUGGUAAAUACAACAAUCCUUCUAGUAAUGUUACUGGAACAAGUACAUCUAAUCGAUUAAACAAAACAUUGGAUUUAUUAGGUGUGAAUAGUGUUGAUGCAAUACAUCGAGCAAUUUUAAAUUUAGGUUUAGAAGAAGAUCAAAAUACAAAAAGAACUGAAUAUUUUCAACUUAUCAAUCAAAAAAUUAACGAUGCUCCAGCUCCACCAGCGUUUCUUAUAGAAGAAUGCAUUUCAGAGCGUAAUGUUAUUACUCUUGUGUGGCAACCCACAUCGUCUAUUCCUAUUGAUCGUUACACACUUGAAUUGGAUGAUGGAGCAGGUGGAACUUUCAGGAAAGUUUAUCGAGGUGUUGAAACAAUGUGCACUGUCGAAGGUUUACACUUUCGUUCGGUCUAUCGUGCACGCGUUAAAGCACACAACCAAGCUGGUGAAAGUCAAUACAGUGAACGAAUUUGUCUACAGACAUCAGAUUUUACUUGGUUUCAUUUGGAUAUUCAUACUUCUGUACCAGAAAUUUUACUUACAAAUGGAAAUAGAACUGUUACUAGUCAAUUAUCUGAAGAUAGAGUAAUUCUUGGUUCAACUGGUUUAUCAAGAGGUGUACAUUAUUGGGAAUUCACUGUAGAUCGUUGUGAUCCUGGUGGACAACCUGCAUUUGGUAUAGCUAGAUAUGAUUGUAAUAAAGAAAUAAUGCUUGGUCUUGAUAUGAAAAGUUGGUCGAUUUAUUUUGAUUAUAAACGAAGUUGGUUUUUACAUAAUGGAGAACAUUUUGAACGAACUGAUGGUGGAAUACAUGCUGGUAGUGUAGUUGGUAUUCGACUGGAUUGUAAUAGAGGCAGUUUAUCUUAUUAUUUAAAUGAUCAACCACAUGGUCCAAUUGCAUUCACUAAUUUACCAAAUGGGAUUUAUUAUCCAGCUGUCAGUUUAACAAGAGCUAUUCAACUAACUUUACAUUCUGGUUUAGAAGCCCCUAGUGAGAGUGAAGAAAGUGAUGAAGAUAGUUCUGGUGGUGGAACAGGAACUGAAACCACUUCUAUGGCAACCACUGUUUUAACCCUACCAUCUACAUUACAAAGCAAAGGAUUAAGGCAAUGAAUUUAUUGACAUGAAUUAUUAACUAUAUAAUCUGCCUGUAAGUUUAUUUGUUUUUCCAAAUGUUUACUUGUAAACAAUUCAUAUGUAGCUCGAAAAAGUUUCAAUCAAGUGAAAUAUCAACUUUCAGGCUAUAAAUUCGAUAAACAAAAUAUAUACUUAAACUAACUAAUUCAAGUAAGAUGAAAUCUUCUAACGUUUCUUCAAUUACAUACACCUUUUAAUAUACAUUUUACUAAUACAUAAUGACUUGAUAUAAGUAUCUAUGAAAACAUUGAAGUCACAAUGUUUGUUUCACUUUUUUUUCUUUUUGAAUGUCUUCAAUAAUUUGAAUUACAUAAAUCACUUGAUUACUAUAUAGUUUCUUUGUAUAAAUCAACUAAUCUAUUAAUUGUAUGCUUUAUUUAUUUAGAAUGUUUGUGUUAUUUGGUGAAUACAAAAAAUCUUACAUAAAAUCUGUUAAUGAAUCUACAAAACCUCAUAACAAUAAUAAUAGUAAUAACUUAUUAAUAUUUUUUGUUUAUCUAAAUUGAAUAUUGAAUUGUGAACAUUUAGUCAUUUAUAAACUUAUUUUAAAGAAAAAAUAACAGAAUAAAAACAAAUAAGACUUGGUCAUAAAUAAAUAAAACUACACCAUAUAUAUAUAUAUAUAUAUAUAUCGUACACAGAAAUGAUGUACAAAUGAUAACAGUUAACUUUUUGUUUAUAUUUUAUUAAAUCUUAAGCAUAAACAUAAAAGAAUUUGAAAUAUAGAUUGUACUAAACACUUUAAAUACAUCAGUAAUGUAAUCAUAUUCAUAAAAAAUGUUUUGUUCCUCUCAUUGGUUUCGUUUGUUUGUUUGUUUUUCUUUAUUGAUCCAAAUGUUCUUCCUAAGUUGUUUGUUUGUUUAUUUAUAUUUUUGGUCUUAUUUUUUAUGUGUACAUUUCAAUUUGUAUUAAUUAAAAAGUUCAGUAAUGUAAGGGAUAUAUCAUUUAAUUUUGUUUAAAUAUGAACUUCUUAAUUCUAUUCACAUGUUACAUCAUAAAAUUGUUGAUAACUUAUCAACUAUUUGUUUUGUUUAGUUUUCUUUUUGGUUUUUUUUCUUUUCUAUGUAUGUUUUCUUGGAAAACAGACAAACGAUUUAAUUAUGUUUUGGGAUAAUAAUUUUUUUUAACAAAAAAAAAGUAAACCCUUUUCUUUCUCAGAAGUAAAUCUGUUGUGAAAUUGUGUAAUAUGAUCGUUUUGUCCUUUUUUUGUUUUCGUUUUAUUUUCUUCUUUUGAUUAUGUCAAUGUAAUUUGUGUGUGAAUUAUUCUUUUAAAAUCCUAUUCACAAUAUGAUUAAUUCAUGUAACCAUGGUUGUUUCUUUCUUUUCUUUUUUUCUUUUUUUUUAAUUAGUAAUAUAUGUACACAAAUAUUUGUUGUCGUAUUCUUAUUUAGAAAUUAAAUUUGUUUAGAGGAGAGAAUCAAAAUAUAGAAACUUGAUCACUCAUUUGAGAAAAGAAUAUCACUGAUUCAUUUAUAUCUGGUUUAAAAUAAAUUAAUUUACCAAAUCAUAAUGAGUAUUCAUUUUUUUUAUUGAUUGUUCUAAAUCUUCUUAUUGAUGUUGUGAAUUGUAAUUAAUUAGAUACUAAUCAAUUAUAGUCUUUAAUAUCCAUAGUAAGAUCUAAACAAUCAAUAUAUACAAAUUGAAAUUGAUCUCAUUUCACAAGUCAAUGGCUGUCUGAACUCAGUAACUAAGUGAAUAACAUGAUGAGGUUGGAAAUGAAAGGAAAUGGAUUGAAAUCCCAUGGUGAACAUCAACACAGGGAUGCAGGUAUAUCUAGCUGACGAUUUCUAACUGUGGUGGAGUGCGCAUCCAAGAUCCGACUGCUAGACUUUAUCUAUAGUGAUUAUUGUUGAAUUAUGUUCAAUCUUAAAUGUUUUAAUACUUGAAUGCUUUUUAUGUUACCAAAUUAAAUAAGCAUCAUUCAAAUGUUCGAAUGGAUUGUAAUUAAACGGUUUUAGGGAUUUCAAUUCAUGAAAAUAGAACACUGAUCAUUUUUAUGAUAAGUCAGGAAUUUUGAUGGUGGAAUUUAUUCUACCCUGCUUUUUGACCAAGUUAUUAUCUACCAAUUAAAUGACGUUUUAA